AAAAAAAAAAAAAAGAAAAUGUGAAUACAUCGAUAUUAACGAAAUAAACGAUACGAUAAAAUAUAGAAAGGAUCAUAAGAAUUAUAUUCAAAAACAUUGGCUACGUUUCUGCGUUUAUACGUGUGGGUUGAUAACCCUUCCUCUGGCUUGUGUGUUUCCUCUUUGCACGUUCCUUCUUUCCUCUUCCUCUAACACAUUGGUGAGAGUUGGAAAGAGAGAGAGAGAUAUAGGGUGAAUGAGAGAGGGAGCGUGAACGGACGAGGAGAGAGGGACGGUGAAACUGUCAGUGUUACAUUGGUCCUCAGCACGAAAGGACGAGCUGCACGAAUCACCUGCGAUUCCUUCUCCGUUGGUGUACCUUUCUGCUUGGUUGGAAAAGACGAACGCGAUCAAGAAACAGGAGGGGAAGAGAAAUACAGCUAAUCAACUAUGGCAGCACCACAGGCGUCAUCGCGUCUCGAGAUGCUGCAGGCCCGCUUUCAACAGAAGCAGCUGCAGGAGAAGGAACAGAAAUUGCUGCAGCUUUACGACCAGCAACAACAGAGGGCAUAUCAGGUGGCACAAAGAGGCAGCUCAGGAUCGAAUGGCUCUGGCCAAGGGACCUCAACGGUUAACCACCAUCAUCAGAUUGUUACGAGGACUUCUUCCUCCGGUCACAUGACCUCGACCUCGCAAGCUACCAAGGUGAAGCAAGUAUUCAACGAUCGACGACAGACGAACGUGAAAGGCAUCGAUAGAAGUUACCCCCUCGAGCCACUUGACAAUAAAACGAGAAAGCAACCGAUAAGCAAUGGCAUCGGCAAUUCGAGAAACAAUGAUUUGACCGUCAAUCGACAAUCCAUUACUGUAAAACGCGUAACGCGUUCCGACGUAAACAGCAAUGUUAACGAAGGCAAACCUAUAGUUUCUUAUCACGAAGAGAUCACAAGGGAAUCAUCAUCAUCGCGUGACGUACCUUCGGACGAUGUGGAAGUGUUCGGUAACGAAAAUCGUACGACUCAUUACGUUAAUGGAAAUUAUCCUGAUCAGAUACAAAUACGAGAGAUCAUGGACGAGGACACGAUUCAAAGAAAUCGAAUGAUGGCUAAGCUACAUUUGAUGCAAUACGACGAGACGUUGAAGUAUCGCGUUAAAAAUGAUCUAGAAAGCGAAGAAUUUCCGGAAGAUCUUUUGGUCGAAGUUACCGACAAAGUACCGAAGAGAACUAUCAGUAAAAAGUUAUCUCAAGCCGAGGCACGCUUGGAACGAUUCAAGAAUAUGAAUGCCAAACGAAAUAAUGCUAGCAAACUUUCAAAUUCAACGACUACAGGGGCCAAGAAACGAUCGGAACCAUUGCUCCCAGCACGAACGACCUCGAGAAGCGGUAGCAACGGCGUAACGAUGAGUGCAACGACCACGAAGACGAAAACGGGACAUAUCAGGGAGAAACGAUCAAAUAAGUAUAAAACUGAAAAAGCUAGAGUAAAAUACGGUCAAGAGCCAUUUGAAAAAUCGAAGACAGAAGAAGCUAAAUCGAAGAAAAUACGAUACGAUAGAAAAACCGGCACGUCUGCGGGUAGCUCCAUAUUUCAAAAGAGAAAAGCCGAUGUCCCUACCGUAGACGAAACGAUAUAUCGUAGAGAUAACCCAAGAUUCUUUUCUAAGGAAUCGGAGAAAUCUGCUACGAAGAUAUCUAUCGAUACCUUGGACAUCUCGACGCGUACAUCGAAACCUUCCUCGAAUACGAAACGACCAGACGCCAGUACAAAAGUUUCUCUUAGAAAAGUCUACAAUUUUCCCAUCGCUCCGAGUAACAACGAUAAACGUUCUUACAAAAGAGAACCAUCCACUUUUUUACCUUAUCGUAGACGUUCCGAAAGUUCUACCACGACAAGCAUGGAAUCUAAGCAUAGUCCUUCUCCAGAAUUAAUCAGUAUCGUAGAAAAACGUGAUACGAGUCCUGAAUUUUUCUGUGUUGAAACUGAAAAAUCCGCUACAACGAUGAGCCUUAAACCAAGACCAAAGAGUACGAACGAGGACAAACACGAUGGUAUCAUGACGAGUAAAGAUUUUCAAUCGAAUAUCUCUCAAAAGAUGAUUGCCAAACAAAGUCCGUCGUAUUUAAAACUGGAACGUAAAAUUCGUAAAUCAUCAGAUAGUUCCGAUACUUCUAACAAGAGUUUCAACUUCGAAUUAAAGUCACGAAGGGAUUCGACAAAUAAUUUACAAUCUAUAGAACUUAUUCGUAACGUUAUGAAAAAACAAAAUACAGAAGAAAAGAAUAAGAAGGACGAAGAUCGUUCAAAAAUUGAUUCAAUGAAAUAUUCCAAUAUUACGCCGAAAAAAAACAAGCCGCACGAUGGUAAAACAUUAAUUAACAAAAGAUCUCCCAUUGAUUCUAUUAAAAAAACUUUUCUUAAAAUAGAUCUAAAAGAUACUACUGAUUUAAAAAAUGUAUUAACUAAUCGCGAACGUAAACUUUCGUUAAAGACUAUUGAUACGAAUCUACAAUUAAGUCCAAAAAGUCCAAAAAGUCCAAAGAGUCCAAAGAGUCCAAAGAGUCCAAAGAGUCCAAAAAGUUUCACGUCGACCGAGAUAGAUACCGAAGUUCAAGAAAUUACAAUGACCGAUCAACACGUGCGUUACAACGAUAAUACUUGCAAGCAAAGGGAAAAAAAAGAUAUCAAAAAAUCGAUUGCGGAUGAGACUUAUUCGAAGUCGAGCGGAAAAAAGAUAAGAAAUGGCGACAAGACAGGAUCGGCAAAUCUCUUUACUUAUCCUAUUCGCAGAGAAGGUAAAAAAAGAAAUUCCGUAUUGGAUACGAAUAUAUUUCAUCGUAAGGAUGAAACCGAUCAAGUUCAAAAGUUUAAGGAAAGUAAUCGAUCAUUAAACGAAAAGUUAUGGAAAAAACAAGAGAUAGAAAGUAUCGAUUUGAAAGGUUUGACGAGUUCGAAGUCGAGCAAAAGGCAUUUGUCCAAGAACGAGAAGAUAAUUGUUUCUGUACCUAAACGGCGAAACAGUAAAGAUUUGAAAGCCAUUAAAAAUGAAUCUUUACGAACGAAAACUUCGUCGCUUUACUCGAACAAGGACAGCAUGUCGAAGAAUCGAAGUACUAAUGUAAGUUUAAAAGACAUAACUUUCGAUGAAUCGAGGAAGGAAAUUCGAGAGAGAAGUACUUCCCCGUUAUACAAACGAGUUCUUCAAAGUCCGACGGAACAAAUUAAAAGUGAAGGCGCGAAAGAAGAAUUACUACGAUCUACUGAACUUAUACGACGCGUAAUAAAAGCUCAACAUUCUGAUAAGCAAGAAAUGGAUAACUUGAAGUUAACAGAAUCAGUUUCAAAAAAUAAAUUCAACGAUACAUAUUCUAAUAGAAUUUCUAUGAUAUCAUCAUCGACAAAAACAAAUUACUAUGAUAGAACUGAUUCCGUAGAAUCCGCUCUGAAACGUUUCGAUUCGAUCGGUGCAGAGUCUGAAUAUCAAGACACAAUUGGACGAGAUUGCGUAGACAGCAUGACGCAUGAUUUAUUAUCUAAAAUUUCUGUCGAUAAGUUAUCAACGAUAAUUCCAAAAGAGAAGAAAGAAUCUAUAAAAACAAAAGCAAAGACCAAAAGGUUAGAAUCAUCGCAAGUUAAUAUGGAUCAAUCGAAAUUGAAUUCUAAAAAGAAGAAUACAAACGUUAGCAUAUUUAAGAAAUCUCCGGGUCAUUCGAGAAAAAUACUUUUAACGAAGGUAGAUUCUUUACGACAAGAUCGUAUUAAAGGAAAGAAAAUAGCGGAAGCGAAAGACUCGAUGAAGAUUGCUCGAACUCCAAAAUCACGAUCUCCGAUAUGCAAACGUAAACUUUUUCAGGAUUUAGAUUUUGAAAAAGAAAAUGAAGGUAUAUGUACUAGCUCGAUAAAAGAUCCGUCUCAUGAACGGAAAGGAAAUGAUUUACUUAGAAGAUCCAUGGAAAUUUCUACGAGCGAGAAUAAAAAAAAACACGAGGAUGAGGAUUGUACGCUUGUCGUAAAGCCAUUACGUUCUAUCGAGGACAUACGAAAAUCCAUCGUAUCAGAUAGUAGCGGAACGACGGUAGUAGCAUUGACACAAAUAACCAAUAUCGAUCCCGCGAGACAAGCCGAAAUGGGGUCAGCGAUUGCAAAUGAAAUUUUAAAGGCUUCGACGAAGUCCGAAAGGCAGUCGCGAAUUGUCGUCGACAGUGACCCUCUAAAUAGAAAAAGGUUUCCUUCGAACGAUCGAUCGAAGAAUAAUUCUCACCUACGAGAUUGUGGAAAGAUUUUAUCUAAGAACUCGAUGCGUUUUGGUAGGAUUACGAAAAGUCCGAGUCCCGACUCGACAAAUUCGAAAAAAUCUUCGGAUAACGAUUGUCGUACUAUGGUGACGAGAAGAAGCGUUCCUUCCUCACCUUCGAAGAGUCCAGAUAUUUUACCUAGGCGUAUCUCGACCGAGUCUAAGACUCAAGAAACGAAGCCAUCGAUAAAAGCGAACUUCGUGAAAGCUUCGGAUUCGAUCACGUCUAAAAGAUCAGCGACAAAAGCGGAUGUUCCUAACGUCUUUCAGAACGGUUUACAUUUACAGGAACAGAUCGUCGAAAGGAAGGAACAAAACGAUGUACCGAAGAAAUGUCAGGCGUUUACGAUCGACUUCGAGGAACGACCGUUCUCGAAGAGUAACGAUAGUACGGAUUCCAAAAGGCCAUUGGGCAAGAAGCAAUCCAUGGAAAAACAGCAAACAUCAUCGGCCACAUCGGGAAGACCAACGUCCUCGACCUCGUCCGCUUCUAGCGGCAAUACAACGCAGGCUCAUAUUUCCAGCUCGAAAGGGAGAAUGGCUACAAGAGCGAAAACUCCGAUCAGCGCUUCGCCGAGCUCCAAAGGACAUCCUGCCGUUAAAAGUGGAACCAACCAAAAUACGACAGAGAACCUUAUUGCCUGCAAGGUAUGCGGACGUCGAUUCGCUCAAGAUCGCGUGAAUCUCCAUGAGCAGAUAUGCGCGAAAACUGUACAAAAGAAAAGGAAACAAUUCGACACGACUAUGUAUAGAGUUAAGGGGACCGAAUUAGAGUCAUUCGUCAAGAAAAACUCUAAAAAAGGCGACUUGAAAUCAAAGAAGCCAGAGGUGAAGUCGAAUUGGCGACGUAAGCACGAAGAGUUCAUAAAUGCGAUUCGCUCGGCGAAGCAAGUUCAGGCACAUCUGGCGGCAGGUGGACGAUUGAGUGACCUUCCACCACCACCGGUCAGCGACACCAGCGACUAUAUUCAAUGUCCGCACUGUGGCAGGAAGUUCAACCAAGCGGCAGCGGAGCGUCACAUUCCGAAGUGCGAGCACAUGCUGCACAACAAGCCCUCUUCACGUCCACCACCACCACGACCGAGGCGUUAACCUACUCGACCAUUCUUCCUUCUUUACAUCCCUUUUAACCCUUUCGAUCGGCUCGAUUUUUCUAUCGAUCGAGGAUAAAACGGAAAAAGGACGUUCCAAAUAAAGAAAAGAGCUUACUAAGA